UUAUCUUGUGAAUGAUCCCCCCUUUCACAAGUUGCUGUCAACUUUAACUCUCGGCAGCCGUUUCUUUGACGUUCGGCAUCUCUCAACCUUGAUCCUUACGUUACAGAAUCAUGAAGUUUUGCCUGUCAUGAGUUAUCCCGGUGCAGCUCCGCCUCCUGAAGGCGUUAUCCCUGACCUUGCGCACCCGCAAGAUGUCUUGAGGACUGUCAACUAUGUCACACAAGGGUUGACAAUCUUCUUUGUCUCCAUCUUUGUUGCCAUACGAUUCUAUGCGAAAACCAGAGUGCUGGGAGGCAGCUUUACACCAGACGACUAUGCAACCUACGCGGCUUAUGUGCUUAUGUUGGGAUACUGUAUCACUGCAUGCUUUGCCGGUGCACAUGGUGGAGGCCUGAACAUAUGGGAAGUGUCAACGGAAGAGGUUGAGAAAUACUUUCAGUCUUGCUAUGCCGCCACCAUCUUUUAUGCCCCGAUGGCCAUGACCGUCAAGCUGGCCCUCCUCGUCAUUAUCAUCCGAGUCUUUGGAUCCGUCCACCGGCGAACCCUGAUCGGAAUCUACAUCUUCAUUGGCAUGAUUGUCGCAUACUACGUUUCCGGCUUCUUCAUUAAAAUCUUCAUAUGUUGGCCAAUUUCAGCGUAUUGGACCGGUGACGCCAGCAAAUGCAUGAACCAGAGCGCCAUUGUCACGGCCGACUCCAUCAUCAGCGUCAUCAGCGAUUUGGCCAUCCUGCUGCUCCCGACACCCCUUACCUGGUCACUUCAACUGCCUCGACGGAAGCGCCUUCGCGUUAGUGGACUGUUGUGUGCUGGAGGAGUUGCUACGGGGUUUAGCAUUUAUAGAUUGGCCAUGAUUGUUGACCAACGCAACUCUACCAACAUGACCAUGGUUUUCAUCAAGGUUAUUCUGUCAGGAAACGCCGAAGUAGGCAUUGGCUUGAUAUGCGCCUGUCUCCCAGCCGUCAGCGCCCUCUACGUCCAACGCACACGCGGUUCUUCAUACUUUAAAAACCCUGGCCACUCCAGCGUUACUGGCCGCGGCGAAAUCAUGCUGACACGGUCAUACCACGUCGACAGAUCGGCAGUGGACAAAGACGUGGACGAGAGCGCCCUCGAGCUGGGCCACGACGAGGCAGGACUCGUGUCCAACAUGGGGGCCCAGGUCAAGGCGAAUGCCCCAGAGAGCCAUCACUCCAACCGAUCCGAGGAGACACUUUGAUUCCCUUUGUCCUUUGUCUUCCUUCUUCUUUCGCAUCAUCAAAAGUUGGACCGACGCUAUUUUUUACACUUAAUUCGAAAAUUUUCACGUUGAUAUGAGUACACAGAUAUGGGCAGGGAUGUAGAAUGAAACAGGGCGUAUAAAUUCGUUUUCGGGAGGGAAUUUUUGCUAUAUACCAGUCUUUUCGUAAGGCAAGCACUUUUCAUUUAAUACUAUACUAUGAACUACACUGAUCGAG